GCCGAGGCCGGGGCCGGGCCAGGCUCCGGGCCGUGGAGUUCAUGUGCUAGUGAAGAUGUGGGCACUGCGAGCGGCUCAGGGACAGCUCCGGCCCCGACGGGGCCCCCCGCGGGACGUGGCCCUACGCGCGGCCUUCUCGUCCUCCCGCCCCGCGGCGGGCGGCGCUGCCGGGGUCCCGGCGCUGGUCUAUGCGCAUCACGGGGAGCCUCUCAAGGUCAUCGAACUAAAGAACCUGGAGCUAAGGCCUCUGGGCAAAUCCGACGUCCGGGUGAAGAUGCUGGCGGCCCCUGUCAAUCCAGCUGACAUAAACAUGAUCCAAGGGACAUACAGCAUCAUUCCCGAGCUGCCUGCCGUUGGAGGCAAUGAAGGGGUCGGCCAGGUGUUAGAAGUGGGCGGUGCGGUGACAGGACUAAAGCCUGGGGACUGGGUGAUCCCGGCUGACUCUGCCCUCGGUACCUGGCGGACUGAAGCUGUGAUCAAUGAAGAAGCCCUGGUGGGGGUCCCAAGCGACAUCCCCCUGCUUUGUGCAGCCACCCUGAGCGUAAACCCCUGCACUGCGUACAGGAUGCUGUCAGACUUCGAGCAGCUGAGACCAGGGGACUCUGUCAUCCAGAAUGCAGCCAACAGUGGAGUGGGGCAAGCAGUCAUUCAGAUUGCUGCAGCCUUGGGCCUGAGAACCAUCAAUGUGGUCCGAGACAGGCCAGACCUCCAGAAGCUGACAGACAGACUGAAGGGCCUAGGGGCUGAGUACGUGUUCACAGAGGACGCAAUGAGAAGACCAGAGAUGAAAGAAUUCUUCAAGAACUUUCCUCGGCCUCAGCUUGCACUCAAUUGUGUCGGUGGGAAGAGUUCCACAGAGCUGAUGCGACACCUGGGGCACGGCGGCACCAUGGUGACCUACGGAGGGAUGGCCAAGCAGCCCGUCACAGCCUCAGCGAGCUCAUUCAUCUUUAAGGACAUCAAGCUCCGGGGCUUCUGGAUGUCUCAGUGGAAGAGGGACCGAGGCACAGACCAGUUCAAGGAGAUGAUCCUCACCCUGUGUGACUUCAUCCGCCGAGGGCAGCUCACGGCUCCGACCUGCUCUGAGAUCCCGCUGCAGGAUUACCGGGUGGCGCUGGAGGCUUCCAUGAAGCCCUUCAUUUCCUCAAAACAGAUUCUCACCAUGUAAUAACCCAGGAGGAGCAUCAUGAAGCAGUGGCGGAAGUGGACAGCAGGCUCCUCAUCUCCUGUCUCAACUCCUGGCCAGGUGCUGCCUCUGCCUCUCUCUGGAGCAUGAUUGCUCCCCAAGGUGGGCCUGCCUCUGAGAUCAGGAAGCAGAUGUGAGCCAAGGGCCCAGGAACCAUACCCAGGCUUCACUAAUAAAGUGUGAUUGCCAUUUCUUAA